AUGCUCACCGGCGAAAACCCGAUCACGUCGGGUAAUGCCUACAUCAAAGGCUGGAGCGUGAAAGACAACUGGCUGGAGGUUAGACAACACCGUCACGAUGCCAGAAAUGCAACUAUUAAGGCCGGCGCCAACGUUGGCUACUGUCCUCAGUUCGACGCCGUUAUCCGCGAGAUGACCGGCGAAGAGACGCUUUACAUGUUCGCCCGGAUUCGCGGAAUUCCGGAGAAGGACAUCGCCCAGAAGGUCAACGCCGUCGUCUAUGCCAUCGGCAUCCGGAUGUACGCCAAGCGUCAGAUCAAGGGCUACAGGUAGCGUCAUCACAGCUUUCCAGGAGCUCCUAUGUCAAGAGCGUUUUUUAAAAGCUCAGUUUUGGGCUUCUCAAUAGUUCUCUUUAUCUUACACGGGAAGUGCAAAAGGUCGAGGUAUUGGAAUUGAAUGAGACUUGGUAUAUACGUACUUUCGGACAUCCUGAAUCCAAAGAAGUUGAAAAAAAAAAUGCGCCUUUCUGGUUCUAGUCGAGUUAUGGCGCCUCAAAGUUUGCACGAAAAAAUGCAUGGGAAGGGAGGAGGGAAUGUGUUGCGGCGUCUAACUCUAGCUGCCAGCAGGCAGCGUGGUGUAGUGGCUAGCGGUCUAGCGCUAUGGAACCUAUGAAGCAGGUUCGAAAAACUUAUCUAUUUGAGUUUUUCAAGGAAGGGGUCUGCUGAUUGUGUUAGCGACAGAUCCUAAAAACUAUCACUUCCCGUCAUUUUUAUUUAUUCAUUGUUUUACAGUGGUGGCAACAAACGACGCCUGUCGCUGGGAAUCGCGCUAGUUGGCUUGCCUGACGUGCUUCUUUUGGAUGAACCGACGACCGGGGUCGAUCCGAAGGCUCGCCGCAUCGUCUGGAACAUCCUGAGCCGCGUCAGAGAGCUUGGAACCGCGCUGGUGCUCACCUCACACAGCAUGGACGAGUGCGAGGCUCUUUGCACUGAACUCGCCAUCAUGGUUUACGGUAGGGCGUGUUAAUGUAUUGCUGUGGAAAUUAUGAAUUUUAAGGCAAGUUCCGGUGCUACGGUAGCUGUCAGCACAUUAAGAGUCUCUACGGCGCCGGCUACACUUUGAUCAUCCGACUUCGGUCUUCGCUUGACGCCCCGGAGACGAUCGCCACCAUCAAAUCUACCUUCCCUUCGGCUUCUCUUAAAGUUUGAGCUCUCUUUUGCAAAAAAUCGUUGCGCAAUAACUGAAGAAAUAAUUUUUUGAAGUUCAAUUUUGGAAAGUGGGAUCUGGGAAAUGCAUUUUCGUUUCACGGGAAUAAUGAACCUACUCGGGCCUUGGUAACGCAGACCGGACGCACCGUGUCUGAUUUUUCUGCGAGAAACUCUAAUAGCCACUUAAGAGGUUCCUCGAGGACUACUUGGAGACCAUUGCAACCACCUCUUUAAAGGCCACUAUUUCUUAGUCUUAGUGGCCACUACCGUUGUUUUUUGGGGUCUAGUAGUGCAACUCAGGUCUAGUAGUGCGCCUCAGGCCCCUAAAGAGGCGACUAAAUUUUAGUCACUUUUAAAAGUGGCCACUAAUUCGACUACUAGAGUGGUCACUGAACGUCAAAACCCUGAAGUGGCCAUUAAAAUAUUUCCCAGCUCGUAGGGUUUAAAAACCGAAAAUUGCAGGAGCAGCAGAUCCUACAGCUGAACUGGGAUCUGCGGCGGGAUGGGGACAGUUGGUCCGAGUUAUUUGCAAAACUCGAACAAAUUUCCGACCGUCUUCAUUGGGAUGAUUACUCCUUAUCCCAGACGACCCUUGAGCAGGUGGAUAAAGUUUAAAAACUAUUUUAAAUUUCUACUUUGAGGUUUUCAUCGAAUUUUCACGAGACGCGGCCGUUCGGUCGGAUUCCGUGGGAAAGUCUGCUCCAGUCGCCAAUGGCUUCAGCAACCCGAAUAAUACUUAUUUGCACUUCUAA